AUAUUUUCUCAUUAUCUUUCUUUUUUUCAUUCAGCUCAAACAGUAAAAACUUUCUUCUCCAAAUGAACUUCAUCAUCUACCCUUGUUCUUCAUCUAUCAUGCCAUGUUUUCCAGUUGAAGAGACAAGGGAUUUUUGCUGCUCAGCAGCCUCAUCAGUGGUUUCUAAACUAUUUUAUGCAAUUUUCAUCUUCAUUUUUGCCGUGGUUGGAGCAACUUUGGGGGCCGUCACCGGAGCUUUUGUCGGGGUAAAAACAAAGAUGGGUUUUAUUCCCGGAGUCGCAAUCGGAGCCAUAAAGGGUACUAUUUUGUCCAUCAAGUUGUUGAAAAUUUCACUCAUAAUUUGUAGUUCCAAUGAUUUGGCGUUGGCAACGAGGUAUCUUCUCCUCCAGCCGAUAAACGUAUAUGAGUCUGCUACAUUGAUCCAAGUCUCCUUGAACGAAGGGUUGUCAAAGGAUUCCAUGGAAAAUAUUCCAAAAUUGAGAAUCACAGAAGAAAACAUAUGGGAUUCAUUGAGGAGCAGAAACCCAUGUUCGAUUUGCCUUGAGGAAUUUUUACAGUGGGAUACUGUUAAUAGGUUGCCGCAAUGUCACCAUAUGUUCCACGUUUCGUGUCUUCAAAAGUGGGCGAAAACCCAUAAUUCUUGCCCUUUAUGCAGGAGACAUUUUUGACCACUCUUGUAGUACAAGCUUCCACUAACUAGGAAAUCAGAAUUUCUGUACAUAC